AUGAAUGCUGUAGCUGGGUAUCUGCACCGCUGCCUCUUGUUGCGUCGCACAGGCAUGUCCGUCCUAAUCGCGCCCAGUGUGACGGCAGCAACAUCAUCUUCGUUGCCCACGUCGCCGCCAUCAUUGUGUGCGACACGUCGCCACAUCACUUCCUUUCACGGCCAGCCGCUGGAAUUUAUGCACGAGGUGAACGGGGAGAGUGCGGCGUUGGUGUAUUUCUAUACACCCUGGAGUGAACAGUGCGAUCGCGCCAAGAUCAAACUGCAGGCGUUGCUGAACAUAGGAUGCUCCAAACCGCGAGAAACCUCCGAGACUGCGUUGCCAGCCACGCCUGCACGGCCUUCAGCAUCGUCAUUGCCGCCGUCGUCGCUCUCAGGGGAGGCGACAGCGGCAGGAGGAAAGACAUGGUCGGAAGCGAUUUAUGGUGCCAGGUCGCGUGCGGACCCAGAUGCGGUGCUGAAGAGUGCGAGUGAGUUGUGUUUGCAGGAGCGGGCGAACGGCAGGGCGGUGCGCAUCAUCCCCGUUAACACCGACGAGAACCCAAAGUUGGGGGCUCUGCAUGAUAUCCGCAGUGUUCCAACGUUUGUGACGUACCGUGAUGGGCACAUCGUGGGACGUGUUGAGGGGUGUAGCGAAGAACAGAUACAACAGCUAGUGAAGGAGCUGCUUCAGGAGGACGGCGGCGACACGCCGGCGGCAGACCAGACGUCGAGGAUGCGAAAUGCGCGCGAGAGUGAGCCAGCGAAGAAACCGACGCAGAAGUAG